CCGCCCCCUCCAGCCCCCCACCCCACCUCUUCCCACCCCACCCCGCUCCUACCACCAAACACUAGGUCGAGUCGAAGAGGAGGAGGAGGAAGAGGAGGAGGAGGAGGAGGGAUGAGGCGCGCGGCGGAGGGGAAAUGGCUGCCGAAAACAAGCCGGAAGGACUGAAGAAGAUUAGAAAUCCAGAGCGAAUGGUCAGGAUUGCAGUUGGUUACACGGGACACACCCCUCCCAAGAGUGAUGACACUGACGCCAACAGUGAGCCGGGCCAGUUGAAAAUCUACCUUCCGAAGAAGCUUCUCGAGUGUCUGCCCAAAUGUUCCUCUCUGCCCAAGGAGCGCCACCGUUGGAACACUAACGAGGAGAUUGCUGCGUAUCUCAUCACUUUUGAGAAACAUGAUGAGUGGCUGACGACAUCGCCAAAGACCAGGCCUCAAAAUGGCUCCAUGAUCCUCUACAACCGCAAGAAGGUGAAGUACAGGAAAGAUGGAUACUGCUGGAAGAAAAGGAAAGACGGGAAGACCACCCGAGAGGAUCACAUGAAGCUCAAAGUCCAGGGUGUGGAGUGUCUGUAUGGCUGCUACGUCCACUCCUCCAUCAUCCCCACCUUCCACCGUAGAUGCUAUUGGCUGCUGCAGAACCCAGACAUCGUGCUGGUGCACUAUCUGAAUGUUCCGGCAGUGGACGAUAGCGGGAAGCCAUGCGGCCCUGUUCUCUGCUCUAUCAACACAGACAGGAAAGAGUGGGCCAAGUGGAGCAAGGAGGAGCUCAUCGGACAACUCAAACCUAUGUGUGCCGGAAGCAGCCUGCAUCAGAAAUGCUCCAGCGUCAAGCAGCGCAUCAUCUCAUCCAAGCAGGAGUCAGGGGCAGCAGCAGGGGGCGGCGCCGCGGCGGGUGGCGGCGGUACAACGGGCCAGAGAUCUGAGGAAGCAGACGGCACGGAGGUCCAGAACAGCGAUGUGUCAGAGGGCCAGACAGAGCCCAGUCCUGGGGGGCGCAGGAGCAGGGCAGGCGGGGGCGACCGGAGAAACGGCCGAAUGCCAAAGCCCUCCCUCCUCCCGCAGAGCAGCAUGGAAGUGUCCUCCUCUACUUCCACCAACCAGGUGGAAGUCCCCGACACCACCCAGAGUUCCCCACUCUCGAUCACCAGUGACAUGGCCGACAGCCCGGCGCUCGCCAUCGGCGCCGGGCUGUCGCAGAGCACUGCUGUGUUCAUGUCCGAAGUCACCACACUGACUGGGGAUUCGGUUUAUUCGGCUGGCCACACACACCUGCUGCCAUCCGCCCAUGAGAGCGCCGCCACUGGCAUUCUCUUGGCCGUUGCCCCCGAGAACCAGAGGUUUGCAUCAUUUCCCGGUGGCGUCGGCUUAGGAGAAGGAGGAGAGUUGGUCCUUUCCAGCUCGCUAGACUCCGGCGGAGGGGUCAGCCUUCCGGAGACCGCCAUGACCUUUGACCCCGACUGCUUCCUCAAUAACCCCAAGCAGGGUCAGACCUACGGGGGAGGUGGAGGGAAGUCUGAGGGGUGCAACGGUACCGAUGGAGGGAUCCACUGCUCGUCAAACGGCUUUGUGUACAGCCCAUCCCUCGUCAACAACAUCAAGAAGGAAGCUACACCGAUGGAGCAGCCACUGGCCCCUCAGAGUAGUUAUGUCGGAGAGGGGGCGGGCCUAAGCCCCAGCACCACUCUGGAGCAGAUGGACUUCAGUGCCGUCAUGUCAUCACCAUGCCUCGCCCAGUCUGCGCACCACCCUUCGCCAAACCUCUUCCUGCAGACCUCCACACACACGAACCAGCCCUCCCAGCAGCAGAGCAACGGCGCCGAGGCACCACAGGAAUCGGGUGAAGCAAGGGCUUACAUGAGCCUGCCAGGAGACGCCCCGAUCCCCAACGGAGAUCACCGUACGCACCUCCGCCAAACCGGUCAAGACCAAUCUCUGUGUGGAAGGAGUGGAAAAGGAGCAUCAGUGACCUCUUUCCCCUUGACGAGUCAGGACACUGCUAUUGAGCAGCCCGGCGGCGGCGUUCGUCAAGAGGCCGGCGGCAAAGUUCUUGAGAACGGCGCAGAGUUAAUGCUCAAGUCCGGCGCCGCUCAUGAGGCGUACGCCAGUGUGGACGCUGAACACUACCUUCAACCUACAGAUGGCAAUGGAGUCGGGGAGGAAGCGGGAGUGGGCUGUGGCGCGGCGGGAGGAGGGGAGAAUGAAAUUCUGUGUAACGGAGUCAGCUUGUCAGGGGCCGCCAACUCCGUGGUGGCCAGUCCUCAGUCAAUAGGCGCCGGGGCAAGCAUUGAGAGGGCACUCUACAAUUCCUCUCUUCCUCCACAAGGUGGAGCCGUAACUGCCACGGCAGCGGCGGCAGGAGCAGCCAUCAGCCUGGAGGGGUUCGAGGCUUCGUUUGGAAGCCAGUUCUCUGAUCUCAUCAAUGAUUUCAUCUCAGUUGAAGGGUCCGCAGGUGGGGUAGGGGCCGCCGUCAACGGGGUCCUGAUGCCUCAGGAGGGCGCGGUGGGAGAGGAGCAGGGCACGGGGGCAGGCCACCUGCAGGGUUCCGAAGUGGAGCAGGGAGCUCUGGGAAUGCUCCAAGAGACCGGGAGGCUGUUUGGUGUGACAGACUACUCCCCAGAGUGGUCUUAUCCAGAGGGUGGUGUGAAGGUGCUUAUCACGGGGCCGUGGUUAGAGUCCAGCAGUGAGUACAGCUGUCUCUUUGACCACAUCAGCGUCCCCGCUGCCCUCAUCCAGCCUGGCGUGCUACGCUGCUACUGUCCAGCCCAUGACACGGGACUCGUCAUGCUGCAGGUAGCAAUGGGCGGCGAGGUCAUCUCUUCGUCAGUGGUGUUUGAAUACAAGGCGCGUGACCUUCCUGCCCUCCCAUCCUCUCAGCAUGAUUGGCUGUCACUGGACGAUACCCAGUUCAGGAUGUCCAUCUUGGAGCGUCUGGAGCAGAUGGAACAGAGGAUGGCGGAUAUAACCAAUCAAAACCCCAGCUCAGAAACUAUGGCAACCAAGAGUGGAGGUGUAGAGGGAGGGAGAGCCUCCGAACAGCAGGCUCAAACCUCUCCUGACCACAGUUCAUUUGAAGGACGUGUUGUGGUCGUGUGUGAGAAGAUGAUGUCCCAGCCGUGUUGGGCUUCCUCCACUCAGCUCGUCCACAGCAAGAACUCGAGAGGAAUGACCUUAUUGCACCUGGCUGCAGCUCAGGGUUACGCCGGGCUCAUUCAGACUCUCAUCCGCUGGCGCACGAAGCAUGCCGACAGUAUUGACCUCGAGCUGGAGGUGGAUCCUCUUAAUGUCGACCACUUUUCCUGCACACCACUGAUGUGGGCAUGUGCUCUGGGUCAUACUGAUGCAGCACUGGUGCUUUACCAGUGGGAUCCGAGAGCUUUGGCCAUUCCCGAUUCUCUGGGACGCUUGCCGCUCAACAUCGCCAGAUCACGGGGCCACACACGACUGGCUGAGCUCUUGGAGCAGCUACAACAAGGUCCUCAAGCUCAAAGUCAACCCGCUGACACGUGGAUGGACAGGUGGAGAGGAGGCUUUGAGAUCAGCAGAAUAAACAACAGUCACCCCUCAAAUUCAAACUCAGAACUGAGGCGAGCCCGGACUGAGAGCCAGCCCAGCAACCAGAGCUGGAACCAAACAGGACACAGAAAUUCACAGACAACCCAGGGAGAGCAAGGGGGUCCGCCCCCAGCUAAAAGACUUAAACCUACUCAGCAACAGCUCGCUAACUCAACCUCCAGCAACCUCAACUCACUCCCAAACCUCCUCAGUCCUAACACUUACUCUUCUCCUCUCCCAAGUCCUCAACAAACCCAACAUCCCAACCUCAGCAAUCGCAGCACACCUCCUGCCAGCUUCAGUCCUGACUGUCCUCAGCUCCCCAGCCCCUCCUUCUCCCACCUGCAGGCCAGGAUAGGGACAUCUGGAGGGGGCUCCAGGUGGAGUCUCAGGCAGACUCUGGGUCAGCGUAGUCUCGCCAGGCGGAUUCUAGGGAAGGAGCGAUUGGCCGUUCACCUGCGCCAGAGAGUCCUGUCUGACAGGGGUGGAGAGACGGAGCUGCUGACCUAUCAGGAUAGCACAGAGGACUUGCAGAUGGACAUUUCAGUGCUUGCUGAUCACAUCAUGGAGACAUCCACUGCUCGACUCAAACAGGAGGAUAUGGAGACCGAAACAGACUCCGGAAGGGUGGGCCUCGGCGGUGACGUCAGACUGCUGUCUGGCUAUCUUGCCGAGGUGGAAAGGUUCCUUAAUGCCAAGCCGCAGACUCCUGGCCCGAAAUCAAACUCUCACUCGGGGCCUGAGGGUGAGCAGUGUCCUUUAAACGAAGCAAAACCUGCCAGCCCCUCUGACUGGAACUCCUUCUUCUCUGCAGCGAUGAAAGCGGAACGAUUGAAAACGGACUCCUCGUUUCUUGCCAUGACAGAAGCAGAGCAGAGAGAGCUGUGUGAGACCAUCAGGAAUGCUCUGCACUCCCUUCGAAAACACAAGGGUCCUAUUCAGGAACAACGCAAAGAGAUUGCAGCAGUGAUUCAGCGCUGCUAUAAGAGAUACAAGCAGUAUGCACUUUAUAAGAGGAUGACCCUGGCAGCCAUCCUGAUCCAGAGUCGUUUCCGGAGUUUCCAUGAGCAGAGGAAGUUCCAACAGAGUCGCAGAGCAGCAGUCCUCAUACAGCAAUACUACCGCUCCUACCGACACUCCCUCAGCAACCUUCUAACUAAAAAACAGAACCAGGCUGCACGCAAGAUCCUGAGGUUCCUGCUCCGAUGCCGCCACAGGGUCAGAGAGCAGAAAAAGGCCAGGGGUCCUGAAAACCCACCGCCAGGCCCCACCCACAGCCCACUUACCCUGUGAGCAAUCCUCUUCUCCCCCCUUUUUUUGUCUUUUUCCUCCCUGCCUCCCUCUCCUUCUCCUUCCAUUCUCUCCUCCCCCCAUUUUUCGCUCGCCCUCUAUCCUGUCCUCUCUCGAGAGGAAGAAGCUUCCCUGACAGACGGAGGACAGGAUAGGUGUCCAUCAUGGCAGCUCAGACAGACAGACAGACUGACCGACAAGACGGACAGACAGACAGACUACUAGGGCGAGCCCAGGGAUCUGGCUCUGUCCGCAGCACUGAUCCUCCUCCGCAGUUCCACUGGGAGGCCAUCGCAUUAACCUCAUGGCAUUUUUUGCACUCUUCAUGGGUAUGUUUCCAAACGGGAGGAAGCGGAUGACGGCUGGGCGACGGCUGGGCGACGGCGCGGCGCCGCCCGGAUGUGGUGAAAAGGCUUCAGUUGGGCUCACUCGCCAAAGGCAAACCCCGGCUUGCCGAACUCAUGCAAAACCCGUUGCGUUUUGUACCCAAACACUGAUCCAUGAAAGGAUGAGAAAACAUAAACCAAAAAAAAACUUUUGUCUAUGUUGCAUUUGCAUGCAAGUUAUUUCCUGGUUCUUUUUUUUUUUGCA